AGCCACGUCAUGUUAUCAUGGCUCAUAUGUUGGUAUGAUGAUGAUGAUGAUAAAAUCCCCAUCUCCCCCCUUCCCUCUAUUUAGUUUCACAGAUCUGAUGUUCUUGACAGUUCGCAUAGUUUUAAGUGUUUCUUAGUAGCCUCUGUGAAGAACCCAAUCCAGGAAAAAACAAAAAACCCAACUCCAAAUCUGUUCAGAGAGAGAAAUCACUAGAGACAAACAAACAAGCUCUUAUCAAUGGGGGAGGAAGAGAAGAAACCUGCAGACGAGAAGAAAACGGAAGAGCAAGUAUCUGAAAAAGAUGGAAAGAAAGGAGAUGAAGAGGAAGUAAAGCAGGCUGAGAAGCCAGUUGAGGAAAAGAAAGCUGAAGAAUCCAAGGAAGAAACGCCGCCGCCUCCUCCGCAAGAGAUUAUCUUGAAGGUUUACAUGCAUUGUGAAGGGUGUGCACGGAAAGUUCGCCGGUGCCUCAAGGGCUUUGAAGGGGUCGAAGAUGUAAUGACUGAUUACAAGAGUAAUAAGGUGGUGGUGAAAGGAGAGAAAGCUGAUCCUUUGAAAGUUCUUGAGAGAGUUCAAAGGAAGAGCCACCGGAAAGUGGAGCUUCUUUCACCGGUUCCGAAACCACCGUCGCCGGAGGAGAAACAGCCUGAAGAAAAAGAGAAACCUAAGCCUGAAGCGAAGAUAGAAAAGCCGGCGCCGAUCACGGUGGUGCUAAAAGUUCACAUGCAUUGUGAAGCUUGUGCUCAGGAAAUAAAAAAACGUAUUCAAAGAAUGAAAGGGGUGGAAUCAGCAGAACCAGAUCUGAAGAGUUCAGAGGUGACGGUGAAAGGAGUGUUCGAACCACCGAAGCUGGUGGCGUACGUUUAUAAGAGAACCGGGAAGCACGCGCUGAUAAUGAAGGAAGAGGCGACGGAGACCGACAAGAAAGAAGGAGAAGAAAAAGAAAAGGCCGAAGAUGGCAACAAGGAAGAGAAAAAAGGUGAGGAAAAAGAAGGCGGUGAGGAAGUAAAGAAAGAAGCCGGUGGUGAAGAAGACAACAAAGACAAAAAAGAGGAAGGUGAUCAAAGCACGGAAGCCAAGGCAUCUGCCGCAGAAGCGGCGGCUGAAGGUGCGAUGGAGGAGACGAAAGUGGCGGUGGAAGUGAAGAAGAAUGAGUACUAUUACUACCCGCCAAGGUAUGCCACAGAGUUUUACGCAUAUCCGCCUCAGAUCUUCAGUGAUGAGAACCCUAAUGCCUGCACUGUAAUGUAAAAACUGGAAGAAUUGAAGGGAUAAAAAGGAACACUGAGUCGUCUUGUUCUUCAGCCUGUCCCAUCUCUGUUCUGUGUAAGCUUUGCCUAAUGGCUGUAAUAUUAAAAAAAAUGGUAUAAUCUACAGAUAAAUCUGUAGAAUUUUGUUAAUGUACUUUCUCUUUAUUAAAUAAUAAUAUCAUAAAUCAUAAGCUGUAAAUUUUAAAA